GGAGAAGUGCCGCUCGGCAAAAUAGGACAAGUAGACGCAUGUGUGGAGGGAGCGCACAGGAAGGCGGAAUAAACGCAGCAACAAUAGCUCACUCGGCAAAAACGGUGUGUUUUAAUGACCCGGCAUUUAGAAAAAGAGGAUAUAUAGAGAGAAGGAGAGAGAGGAAGAGAUUCUUACUGCUUGACUUUCCUGUCGGGGGUGUUUAUUUAGGCUAUAUCUGCCCGCAACCUCAACAAGAAGACGCAGCCUUUGCGGGACAGUCACAUUGAAGACGACACGUGUGGAUGCUUAACCGCAUGUUUCCCGGGAGGACUGCGGUCUGAUUUCUUUUUGUCGACACAUUGUUGGAUUGCUUUUUUGUGUAUAUAUAGCUACUGUUGCUUUUCUCCACUCGGAUGAUGUCAGAGGUUGAUGUCUCCGCAGACUGUGACCCCAGCAGCAGCAGCCGCCCGCCGGGCCGGACAGAGGACCCGCUGAAAGAGAACCAGGAGAACAGGACUUUACUGAUGGUGGCAAUGGUGCUGUUGGACCUGAACAAAUACAACCCUAACGCCAUCGGCGCUGGAGACGGCAGAUGUCUCGGCGGCUGCGACGUAGGCGCGCAGGAGAAGUUGGAGCAGCGGGGGGGUUGCCGGUUGGAUGCCGGCGGGGACAGCCGGGGCUCGGUUGCACCCAAACAGUCCCGGAGCAAGAAGGCGGCGGCGGUGAGACAGGAGUCUCCUGAGAAGAGACACUGCUGUCCUUUUACUGGCUGUGGGAAGAUGUACGGGAAGUCGUCCCACCUUAAAGCCCACCUAAGGGUGCACACCGGUGAGCGCCCCUUCGAGUGCACCUGGCCAGACUGUGGCAAGAAGUUCUCCAGGUCAGACGAGCUGACGCGUCACUACCGCACACACACGGGCGAGAAGCGCUUCAACUGUCCAAUGUGUGACAAGUGCUUCAUCAGGAGCGACCACCUGACUAAACAUGCCCGGAGACACGCAGGCUUCCAUCCCAGCAUGCUCCAGGGCUCCAGUGCGGCCAAGAGACGCCGCAUGUCCGUGUCCUCAUCUGACUCUGGAGACCAAAGCCCCGUCGGGGUGUGAGACACGACUGCUGUACAUACGUAAAGGUACAGGCAGUAGAUAACAGAGGCACACAAAAACAUAGACACGCCCAAAUGUGUGGUGCGUGCACCUUUUUACACAAAUCCCGUCAAAUGAAAAAUCAACUCAACCAGCCAAAACCAAUUUUUUAAAACGUUCUAUGCAUGUAACACUGUGCAACAGCAAACAGACACAGUUUGAACCUGAGUGUAAUCAAACUAAAACUAGACCCUUCUUAUUCCCUGAGGUGAUUAGUAUUUAUUCAGGGUUAUUCAGGCUACAUCUACAUCACUACAGUUUGGUUUAAACAAAAACUAAUAUUUGUUGCUACGUUUACGCCUCGCGUCCACAAUGUUUAUGUACACACAGUAUAUAGUUUUCAUUAACACUACAUGUGUUCACCUUGCAUCACAGACAUCAUUUGCAGGUGAAGGCAACGACAAGAAAGCAAAUCCUAACUGAGAUAUUCCUCGUGGGUCAAGAAGUUUUGGGGACAGUCCUUAUAGUCAAUAUUGAUUCACAUACAUUUCGUACUUGUACAGUUAUUUUUAUGUAGAUAGAUUAAGCAGAUUGAAAGUUCCGUUGGAUGAUGUACUCAGUAUACUCUGGUUAAGUGUUCUUAGAGAGUAACAAGACAAAGUUAUAAUAUAGAGAAUUAAAGAGCUUGGGUAUUUAAAGCUUUAGUGCGUAACUUUUUGCUGUUAAUGAACGUCCGUUACAUUCAAGUGUUUCUCAGUGUGGCUAUGUUCAGAAGAUUGUGGCGUCCGGCGACUUUCCCUACUAGCAACUGUGAGGGGGAGGGGUGGGGGCGCGUGCACGAUCACGGAAAGGCUUGUAUCACAUGGAUGCGCCGACAGUGUAGCUGUCAUUACUUACUAUAGAAUUCCUCUUGGGGGAGACAGAAACUACGCACUAUAGCUUUAACUUCAUAUUUUUAAAGCCUUUUAAAAGGUAAAAGGUUACUUUUUCACUUGCAGUCGAAAGACUUUUCGAUGUCAAGACCGUAAUGAUUCAUGCUAAGUUUAUGUUUUGUUAACCUCAAACAAGGACGACUGUGCCUUGUCCAAGGGUUUUGUAGCAGAGAAUAAUAUACAUUUUUUGGAAAUACUACCUGAAUAAACACUGUCAGAUUCUUCUUCAUGUCGAGUUUCAGUAAUACGUGGAGUGUCCCUUAUGCCAACAGUGCUAGUUGCUGUGCAUUGAACUUGUGUUUACUCUGUUUACUGGACUGAAUUGUAUCAGGGAAUAAUGUGAAGCAUGGCCAUUUCAAUCAAAAGUCCUCCCCCUGGUGGUGACAUGGAAGCACAACAUUUCUCACAAAAGAAUGUCAUACAAAUGUAUUAUUUUCCGCAUUUUGACGCAGACUCUGUUGAUUAGUUUGAUUGUGAAUCAAUUAUUUCCAUCAUGUAGCAUUACAGUUUGUAUGUAUUUGUUUGGUACAAUGUAUUUGUUUUAUUUGUCUGGUAAUCUUUUAUAAUAUUCCUAAUGGGGUGAGAGGUUUUAUUCGUCCACUUUAAGAGCUAGAAACAUUAUUGAUGUCAUUAGUUAUCUUUUUAUACUUGCCACAUAAUGCAUUAAAACGUCCAGAUAGAUUUUAAAGGUAGGUGUAGUUAAGCUCGUAGGGACACAAACUACAGAAAUUUAUAAAAGUGAAAUAACGUUUUUCGUUCCUGUGCAUUAUGUCAGCUGUGAUUAUAUGUUGGUGCCUUUCAGGUCGAAGCCCUUACUUCUGAUGCUACUGUACUGUAAUCAAGGACUGUCAUGGCAGACCCUAUGCUAUCCCAGUUUACACAGCUGUGUAAUAAUUACUGCUCAAACGUUUUAACAUUAAAAUUGUUUUUCUUUCUAAA